UCCCCCCUCCCAGUGCACAGUGGAUGUACAUGUCUACAGCAACUCACAUCAUCCGGUUUGUAUCCUGAAAGGAGAACACCUCGCUCACACACAGUACAGACGUCAGAGAGAUAAGCUCCUUGGUCCUACUGGGACAAGAAAAGUUGAACUGAGCCAGUGAGAGACAUCUGGAGGAAUCUGCGAUGUCUCAGGCUCGAGGAACUUUGAUUUUUCUUCUUUUAGCUCAAUGGGCUACAGUAAUGUCACAGGGCAUGCCACCACAAGACUUUCCUCCACUGCCACAAGACUUUAAGGAAAUGGCCAAGAAGAUGAUGAUCAUAUGCUCCAAGAAAGGUUACUCUCCACCCAUCCUAAUGGACUCUAUGUUGAACAGCUCUUUCUCCAAACCAGAUGAGAUGACAAUGGGAAAGCCCAUCUUUCUUUUUGCUUCCCUUCUUUCUUCACUCCCUCCUCUCUCCUCCUCUAACCUGAAGCCCAAUGAAACAGAACCGGCCUUGAACAUGACAGAGAAAAUGUGCAACAGUUCGAAUCUGCCACAAAUGAUCGAGCACAUAUGGAACACCACGGAGAAGAAACACUGUUUCAUGCGAGCGUUCUUGGCUCCUCUUUCCUGGGAGGCCAUCGUACACAAUGCUACACAGUUUGAUCCAGAGCAGCUCAGAAAGCUGCUGUGGGCGGCUAAACCUUUCCUAGAGAUGUCACCUUCUUCUCUAAUGCUGCCGUCGACACUGCAGGGCUCUCAGCUCCCUGAAAUGAUGCAGACAUUCAAUGAGGUCUUCGUCUCCCUUUCAGAAGAGCAAAGGAAUGAUAUCAGGCGAUGGAUGAAAGAGAGAGUGAUAGAAACUGAUCCCAGUUGUGCUCCAAAUCAUAGCCUUUCUGGUGUUCCCAGUCCGCCAAUGCCAGUACAACCUGCCAUGCUUAAUUCUUCAGUUUCUGGCUGUCAACCUAAAAUGCCUUGGCUGAAGGCUGAGGUGCUGAGGAUGAUGGGACGUUUCAUUUCACGACUGCCUGAGGCAGAAGUGAGGGGCAUACCUCCAGAAGAGAUGUGUAAGUUCUUCCAGUCUCCCGAGUUCCCAUUUUCAUUCAAUAACGUCAGCGGGAUGCAGGCUGCCAUUGCCCAGACACUAAUGCAACGACUCAAGCAAGAGUGUUUCAAUGCCAAACAGAACUUCUCCAACCAAAUGGACAGGCUUGGAUAUCUCGUCUGUUUCUACGAUGAUCCCCAGUCGCUGAAUGCUACACAAAUUAAGAAGCUGCUCCACCAGCUGGGGGGCUGUGAACCCAGCGGGAUCGAUGAGAUGAGGAAGCAGUUGGUGAGGAAGCUGAUGGCAGAUGGCGAGCCUCCUACUUCUGAGAUGCUGCAUUCUCUGGGCUCUGGGAUGUUGGUUCUCUCUCCCUCUAUACUGUCCAGUUUCAGCAGAGACACUCUGAAUAGCACUAUGUCCAGCUUGAGUCAAACAGAAUGGAAGCCAGCUCAGGCCAAAAUCCUGGCCCAGAAAUUACUGGAGAAGGUUAAGGACAUCAAUGGUGAGAAAUUGUUGUCCCUGGGCUCAAUGGUGAGAGGUGUAGACAGUGAACUGCUCAAGAAUGUCAAGGCACAAGGCCUGCUGGGAAGUGAGGGCCUGAAAAAUAUAAGUGAGAGGUUGUCUUCUUUACAGAAAAAGGCUCUGCUUGUGGGGAUGCGUGCCGAUGUGAAUGCAAGUCAUUUGGUGAAGGAAGUUCCAGAUGCUCUUAUCGCCUCUCUCUCUCUCUCCAUCCUUGACAAAGCAAACCUUAAUUCUCUGGAUCAGCUGGAGGGCCGCAGCUGGUCCAGCACACAGUCUGUUUACCUUUUGAAGAAGAUUGUAAGUAAUGGACUCAAACCUGAGCAGAUAAGAAAGCUGGGCCAGGCUGUUCAGGGUGUGACCUGCAGCAUGAUUGAUGGCAUUGCUCAGAGUGAUACCUUGGAAGCAACUCAAACACUUGCCAAGUCUUUUAACUUGCUCUCUAGAACACAGGUGCACUGCAUGGCUAGCAAACUGUUCCAAAGUCUGGAGAAGCAAAGGCCUGGAUAUUUCACAAACAUGAGCAAAUCAGAGCUCCAGGCCAUUCCAGCUCUGCUGCUUAUCCACCUACCGGUACAGGUGAUUCAGGGUCUCCCAGCCUCCAUGUGUCCUUAUUUUCUGGAGAAGAUAAGUCAAGCCAACCUCUCAUCCCUACCAAACAGUGCACCAUCACGCCGGGAACUUAGAAACAAAGCCCUAAGCUGCCUGGGGAAGAACGCAUCUGCAGUGUCUGCAGCGGAUAUCUCAUCUUUGGGUCCACUUGUGUGUGAAUUGGACCCAACCUGGAUCUCCUCUUUGAAACCUGAUGCUCAGAACUUCACUGUGCAGGCACUGGCAUCCUGCAAACACAUUCCCCGGCCUUCCAGAGCACCUCUGUUUACUCUGCUCACAAAUCUCUAUGGGGCCCCAUCUAAUUGGUCAGAGGAUGUCGUAAAGUCACUGGGACCCCUCCUCUUACUGAAUGACGCCGCCCUUGACGCACUGUCUUUUAAGACCUGGCUGAAGAAAUCUUUGUCAGAUCUGCAACACAGCCUGGAGGCUCAGGUUGCAGGUCUGGCCCCAGAGGAGUUCAGUGCCUGGCCCAAUCUUUCAGCCCUCCAGCGCAAACUCUUUCAGCUGAAAACUAAAAUCACCCAGCAGCGCCGCAGGAGAGAGACACUAGUACCUACUCUGGCAAUGAUUGAGGAUCUAAGGGAGGGAAAUGUGCUCUGGAGCCCUGCUCAACUGUCCAGCAUGACAGCCCAAACUUUUAGAGAUGCCAUGUCUACCCUGGGAGAGAUACGUAACUAUACUACAGAACAACUGGCAGCGCUGAGAGACAAAGCUACAGAGGCAUGGGGUGAUGUCUCGAUGCUUAACGAAUCUAAGAUCGUGGAGACGGGUUGUGUCUCUCAGAGCUUUAAUGCUAAACAACUCCAAAACCUUAGCAUCACCUCACUGGACACUCUGGAGCUUCUGUCUGUCUGCCAGUGGAACCAAACACAGAAGGAAGCAGUCUUGCAGGGUUUUGUAAAUAGAACUGGAAUGAAAAUGGCUAAACUCGGUGCACUUGAGAUGGCAGGCUUGGGCCAGUUUAUCUGCGGACUGCAGCCUAAUGAAACCGAGCAGCUCAAUACUACAGAAUUCAAGGAUGCUGUGGGGGAUAUAGGCCGUGCUUCCUGUCCUUUGAGUGUCCUGGAGUGUUUGAAGAAAAAAGCUGUUGCUGCAUUUGGUGGCCCAAAAGGCUGGAGUGAAGCUGACGUUAGCGUCAUGGGCAACAUAAUUGCUGGCCUGAAUGCCACCGAGCUGGGACAGCUGAACUCCUCAGUUCUGCCAUUCAUCCAUCAGUCUGCCAUCUCUCUCAUCCUUCCUGAACGUCUGGCGGCACUGUCAGUGAGCCAGCUGAGGGCUUUGGGUCCUGACAACGCAGCAGCGUUAACAACGUCUCAGCGUGCUGCAUUGGGAGUAGAGCAGAGAGCUGCCGUAGAUCAAGCAGUGGGACUGGUGGCACAAAACCCUGAAACCACAACCACACUGCCACAGAAAGGAGGGGCACCAAAACAAAGCAUGUUGGGACUUGCAGUCCUUCUGCAACCCCUUGCAUUGCUGUUGUUGGGAUAUAUUUGCUAAGAAGCACACCACUGAAAAGCUAGCUGGGAAUAUUUAUACCUCAGUCUCCCAGAUAGACAUGACAGCUAAUGCAUUAAUCUGCCAUUGUUAGCUUAGGUGACAUGUAAAUAAAAUGUUUUUCAAAAAUUGCUGAAAGUUUAGUAGUCUGGCCUAGUUAAAUCAAGCCGUCAUAAAAUCACUAGCAAAGAAGCAAUGAUUCCAUCUGGAAGAAAAAAAAACAUUGGCUGUAUUUCACUGACAUGUAUCUUUACAGUUAGUUGUUAUAAACCAUUGAAUGCUCAGGCUGGAGGAGUGCAGCAUAGUGAUUAUGUGGCAGUUUGAUAAAGAUUGGGCCCAGAUUUCAGCAAAAAAUACAAUACUUGUUUGUUAUGCUCUUCUAAAUGGAAUGUUUCAAAUCUAGUUUAUAGGUAUACAUUUAUUUUUAUUGAUUGUCUUCAGUUAGCUGUUUCUUAGCAAAGACUGCUGCUUAAAAAUAAACAGACUGUGUUUUAUAUACACAAAGAUAAAGAAAUCUCUGCUGACCAAUGCCAUUAGUAAAGAGAAUAGGGUAGAAUUUCAGGAACUAUAAUUAUUUCUCAGGCACAUUUCAGUGAACAUGUCACUCACAUGGAAUGUGCUUUAGGAUACUUGCUGCUGCUACAUAAUAUACAUAUAAAUAUAUUUAAUAGUCCUCUUUAGAGGAAACUAUAUCAGAUGCAAGACUAUAAUAUUAUAUUUUUGGUAACAUUUAUUUUGAGCCUUUUUGCAU